AUGACACUAUCAGUUGCCUUACAGCGCUUGCUACCACAAAAGUUCUUUGGUGUCCUUCCUUUGUUCAUUGGAGUUGAAGUCAUUUUGGGAAUAACCAUUUUGAACAAAGUCAGUGGAUUAUAUGGAAUAUUAUCCUUAUUAACAGGUCACCCAAUAAAUUUUCUACAAUGGCUUUACAACUUCCUAUGUAUUUUGCUGUUGCCAAUAUAUGCCUCGGGGUUGAUCAGUUUAGAACACAAAUUCAAGAGUAUUCGCAAAGUAUCGCUUGCAACUAUUGUUUAUACUGUCGAUACCAUUAUUGGAACGUUUUACACUAUUUAUUUUAUAUACUUUUGGUUUACAGAAGAAGAUAAUGAUAACACUGGAUAUACUGGCGCCGGAAGUGCUGCUAGUUCCGCUAGUGCCGCAGGCGACGCUGUUGCAGCAGCAGCAGCAGAUGCAGCAGCUCGAAUGUUUUCGAAAAGACUGCCAUCAUCUUCCUUUUCGGAGGACACUUCUUUAUCGCAGUCUGCAUCACAAGGAAGAGAACUCUUUUUCAUUUUCACUACAACAAUUCUCACUGCGGCUGCGAGGUUUUACUUUACGCUCGUCAUGUUGAGUUUCACGAAGAUAUUAUUGAAGCAAGCAUCAACAGAGUUGAGGUAUAAGACUGUGGGGAGUGCAGCGGGCGCCAAUAGCGAGUCAGAUUUCAUGAUUGAAGAUUCCCAAGAAGAAGAGGAAGAAAUAACGCAUACAAGUGGAAUUUUGGGCGAAAUUUACAAGUUCAUGUAUGAUAUUGAAAUAAGGGCCAAGGAUUUACUUGACGAAUUGUUGAACUAG